UCUUAAUUCAUGUGUAACAACAUUUCUAUCAUUCCUAACAGAGAACUUAAGAUGACGCUCCAAGACUUAUGUUGCAAUAUCGUUCUGUAGCUAUAAGAUAACACAAUGACCGACGCAGUAACACCUCAAGUCCCUCAGAGGCAAGACUCUCCAGGAGGUUGUUCUCUCAUACUGUAAGUCUCUCUCGUGUCCAUUCAUGAUGCUGGCGCAGGCUGGCUGCAGGACGGUGCCUCAUUGGACGUGGGCGUGGUCGCGAGGUGCCUCCACAGCCAUCAGUCUCAGGACAGCAGCUGCCUCCGUGGGCCAGCAACACUCCUGCCACUAUUCUAUCUCUACGAGCCACAGCAUGAGGAAGCCGCGUUGGUGGUACGAGGCAGACAGCUAUGUAAGAAAGAUAGCGGCCGAAGUAGAGACCGGGAGUAGAACCAGUACCACCGCCAUGACGCUGAACACGGUGCGCCCCGUGACUCCCGACGUGUGGCGAGAGGUCCUGAUGCACCUCUACAGGAAGGUUGACGCACUACGGGUCUGUUUCCGAGAGCGUGAUGAACAGCUGUGGGUUGCUGACAUGGACACACCGAAGAUAGACUUUCAGAUUGUAGAGGGCAGCAGUGUAGAGGAAGUAGCCAAGAUCACGUCACAUUCUGCUUACAACACGGUUGAGGGUCCGCUGUGGCGGGCACGGCUGAUAGUUUGCCCGUCCGAUGAGCCCUGCAUGUUGCCUCACAUCAAGAAGGCCUUCCCAUAUCAGUACCAUCUGGUUAUUGAUAUGCACCACGCGGUCUACGACGGCUUAUGUAACAUGGUGAUCUCGCAGAUGAUCUUCAAAACAUUGGACAGCGUCUUGGACGGAACUCAAAUUGACGAAAGUCAGGUUGGUGAGUUCCGUGAUCGGAGUGAAAUCAGGGCAUUAGAAGCUAGAGUCAAAGAGUCCUUGGAGAAAGACACACAUAGGCUGAAAGGACUGCUGGAGGAGCGUUACAAGAUACAGACGAGAGUUCCUCUUAUCACUGAGGCCUUUGGGGAGCCAAAAGGAUCUCUUCCAAAUACCAACACUUUAACACCAGAUAUCCUGGACCACAAACUCUUAGAGAUUUUUAGCGCAAAGUGCAAGGCACACAAGGUCACCUUCAAUUCAGGCUUCAUCGGGGUGAUGAGGGUGGCGCUAAUGGAGCUGGUGCGCGAUGCUGGCAUUGUGCGAGACUCCUAUAAUAUCUCUACACUUCAUCCCAUCAACACUCGCCGUUACAUGAGUAACGUGACUUCCAUGGUGUGGGGCUCCCAUGGCAUGCCCAUGACUCUGGACAUGACCACGCCUUGGAACGCCAGGAACAACUUCUGGAAGCAUAUCGUGAACAUUGACACCAAGUUCCGUGAGCGCAUCAGGAAGAUAGGUCCUGUGGAGGACUUAGUAUUGGACACCAUGCUGAAGCCAAUGCUCCCAGAGCGUGGAAGUAAUACAAUAUAUGAUAUGAUGAUUACCAACACAUGGACACCAACGAUCACAACUAUUGGCAAUGGAAAGCACGUUCAUAUAACUCACUUCCAUGGCUAUACUUCUCUUGAUGGCCUUGAUUGGAAAAUUUUAUUGGCACUCUUUGGCUUCAAAAACUGGAUACAGUCACAGUUGGCUUAUUCCUCGGAAUAUAUCACAAAGGAGAAUGCUGUCAGGUUGUCUGAAAGAAUGACCACGGUGUUCAACGACGUUGCCACGUCAAAGGAUUAAAGGUGUGUACACAAUUAUUACAUUUUCCCGUAUCGUUUCAUCGUUGCGUAUCACCCAUUACUACGCAACAGGGUAUUGUACCCACUUGUUGCGUAUCUGCGUGCUGUAUCAUCGUUGCGUGGUGCAACAGUAUCAUUCAGUUUCUUCCUGACCGUAGCCAUGAGUUCAAACACGGUAUACUGGACAGCGUGCUCCACCUACUCCUCUUGAGGAAUUGGACACACUAGAAGACUUGGACACUCAUUCAGAGGCUGGACGCUCCACUUCUUCCUAAAGCAUUUUAUGUGCAGUUACUCUACAUUAAUUUUUAGCUAUAUGAGUGUAUGAGGCACGUAUUACAUAACUAUGGCGACUCUCAAUUUCUUUGUAUACUUAGGGAAUUUCUUUCACUUGUAGGGAAAUAUCGAUAGAUUUGUAAUACUUUUUUGGGGAGUUACGUUACGUAUGAAUAGGUUAGGUUAGGUUAGGUUAGGAUAGGUAAGGUUAGCUUACCUUAGCUUUCCGGUUGUGUUCGAAUAUACUAAUGGUAGGGGUUCAAGGGGGGCACAGCCAUCUGGUUAUAAUAGGCUUUUGGUUGUUUACUACAUUUAGGAAAUUUCCUUGACAUAUAGGGAAAUUUCCCUUGAUUUUCAAAGUCUAAAUAUCACUCGCAUGUGACACCCCCCGACCAAAAAAAAAAAAUAAAUAAAUAAAUAAAUAAAAAAAAAAAA